AUGGCCGCUUCUGCCCAAGGCAGCAGCAGCGCCGCCGCCGCGGAGCCCGCUGCAGCGCAGCCCCUGGCUGCUGCGGGCGCGCCCACGGAAAGCGCCGUGGAAACUCCCCCCGACGCCUUUCCUUUUCCCCGCAACAAAGACUCUGCGCAAUUUGCUGCUGCGAAAUCACCGAGAUCGGCCCGGAGGCGCCGCGGGGCGCUCGCGCUGCUGGCUGUUCAACUUGCUGCUCUUGCUGCAGUUGCGCUGGUCCUCGCCUGCGCCUCCCGCCUCCGCAGCAGCAGCCAGCGCCUCCCCGGGGGCCCCCGCAGGCUUUCCGAGUCUUCCGAAGAUGAAGGGGGCCCCGAGGGGGGCCCCCCUUGCGAGCCGGGGCCCAGCCACUUCGGGGUUUCUCGCCUCCUCGGGACCUCCUCGGUGUCAGUGGCCUCUGAGGAAUCCUCCGGGGACGCUGACUACGUCCGUCCUGUGGGGUCAGCUUAUGGGCCAGUUACCUCUUUGUAUCACAUCGUGGAGUUGCAUAGCGAGAGCGAAGAAGAACCACUGGACCUCAGCAUGGCGCAUCAGCAGGAGCAGCAGCAGCGGCAGCAGCAGCAGCUGCUGCUGCUGCAAGCCCUCACCCAGGGCCCCGAAGACGCCGGCUCGCGCCCCCUCUGGCUGCCCGAGGGGUUCCCCUUUGUGGAGGGCCCCUGGGGCCCCAUGGGGCAACUGCGAGGUCCCAGCAGCAGCAGCAGCAGCAGCCGGGGGGCCCCUCCAGCCAGUCGGAGAGGCCCCUCUUGGUAA